CCAGGGGCGGACUGACCAUUUGGAAACUCUGGCACUGCCCGAGGGCCCGGGGUCAGUAGGGGGCCCCAUGAGAUGCCCCUGGUACCUUUUUCAUAGGCUUUUUUGAGUUUGGGCAAGGACACAGGGGCCCCAUGAUCCCCCUAUUGCCCGGGGCCCCAUGAGUUGUCAGUUUGCCCCUGUACAUGAUCCAGCUCUUCUGGUGCCACUCAUCAAUGCCCAUCAGUGCCACCUAUCAGUGCCCAUCAGUGCCACCUAUCAGUGCCCA